AUGCAGCGCGAAACAGACCCUUUGGUGGUCGGUAGGGUCAUUGGGGACGUGGUGGACCCGUUCAUUAGGGGCAUACCACUUAGGGCGACAUAUGGCUCAAGGGAGGUUACCAACGGAAGGGACUUCAGGCCAUCGCAGGUCGUUAGCCAGCCCAGGGUCGAGGUUGGAGGCAAUGAUCUCAGAACAUUCUACACCCUCGUCAUGGUGGAUCCUGAUGCUCCAACUCCAAGUGAUCCAAGGCUUCGGGAAUAUUUACACUGGCUAGUCACGGAUAUCCCGGCAACCACUGGGGCAACUUUUGGACGAGAAGCCAUGUGCUACGAGAGCCCGCGACCGACCAUGGGGAUCCACCGCUUCGUCUUCGUGCUGUUCGAGCAGCUCGGCCGCCAGACCGUGUACGCCCCCGCGUGGCGCCAGAACUUCCGUACCCGGGACUUUGCAGAGCUCUACAACCUCGGCUCUCCGGUCGCCGUCCUCUACUUCAAUUGCCAGAGGGAGUCUGGCUCCGGUGGCAGACGCAUGUACCUCUAAAUCCUUUCAUCGGAUGAUCACUAAAUAAUACUACCCCUGACCAUCUACUAGCUAGUCUUCUAUGAGUGUGGCAUUCGCCCUGUAUCACAGCUUUAUAAUGUCAUUUAUAGGGUGGAAUAAUAUGUUAAA